AUGGAGGAGGAGGAGGUCACCGACGACGAGUACCGAGCGGCGCUCGAGGCGCUGCAGUCGACCAUCAGCGGCAAGACCCGCGCGGCGCCCAAGGGCCCGAACGACCUCACCUGGGAGCAGCAGUUUGAUCGCCUUCACCUGUACCUCGAGCGCCUCGGGAUGACGGAGAGCGUCAACGCGAUGUCGUACAUCCACGUCGCGGGGACGAAAGGGAAGGGCAGCACCUGCGCGUUCGUCGACGCCUGCCUUCGUCGCGCCGGCACGAGGACGGGCCUCUACACCUCACCGCAUCUCGUGGACAUCCGGGAGAGGUACCGCAUCGACGGCCGGCCGGUGUCCAAGACGACGUUCACGCGAAACUUCUGGUGGCUGCACGCCAAGCUGAGGGAGACGUGCGAGGCGGACCUCGGCAUGCCCGCGUACUUUCGCUUCCUCACCCUCCUGGGCUUUCGGAUAUUCACGGAACGGGCGGUGGACGCGGUGGUCCUCGAGGUUGGCCUCGGCGGCAGGCUCGACGCCACAAACGUCAUCCGCCGCCCCGCCGUGUGCGGCGUCACCUCGCUCGGGCUGGACCACGUGGAGGUGCUCGGCGACACCGUGGGUAAGAUCGCGAGGGAAAAGGCGGGGAUAUUCAAGCCGCACUGUCCCGCGAUCACGUCCCCGCAGGUGCCGGAGGCGAUGCAGGCGCUGGAGUUGAGAGCCGCCGAGGUUGACGGGUGUUCGCUCACCACCGCUCGGCCCCUCCGCGAGUGGCGCACCCCAAGCGGCGAUCCCAUCCGUCUCGGACUCGCGGGGAAGCACCAGGAGCUCAACGCGGCGCUCGCCAUCGAGUUGAUGCGCACGUGGACGCGAAGAACGUCGCCCGUCUGGGGCGCCGACGCCCUUAGGUGCUUAGACGCCGGAACGUUGCCGGAGACUUGGGCGACGGGUCUCGCGGAGACGGAGUGGUUCGGGCGCGCGCAGGUGGUGCCGGACGACGUGGAGGAUCUUUCCUGGUACCUCGACGGCGCGCACACCGAGGAGAGCAUGCGACACGUCGCGGAGUGGUUCUGCGGCCGGGCGGAUGGCGACGAGACGGACGGCGGCGGCGGCGGCGGCACAGCCGGCGGCGGCUCGGAUGGGGAAAAAUCAAUCGCCGAACCCCCCGUCGUUCGGCUGCUCCUGUUCAACUGCAUGGAGGAGCGGGACCCGACGACGUUGCUCACCCCGUUGGCGCAGACCGCGGAGGCGUACGGCGCGCCCAUCACCGCCCCCGCCCUCUUCGCACCCGCGGAGAGCUCGAGCAAGGGCCUGACCCCGUUCGCCGGCGCGCAGGAUUGCGCGUGGCAGACGAAGCUGGCGAGGACGUGGGACGACCUCGCCAGGAAACACGCGGGGGCGGAGGGAGCGAGGGUCGGUGCACAGCUGGCGGGGGCGUCGGUAAACACGUCGCCGCCCUCGACCGCGUCGGCGGUUGUUCCGCGGCUGCGCGCGGCGGUGGAGCAGAUCAGGAGGCGCGCGAGGGAGGAACGGGCGCUGGGAAGCGGGCGGCGGGUGCACGUGCUCGUGACCGGGUCGCUGUACCUGGUCGGGGACAUGUUGAGGAUCCUGGGACGCGCGGGAUGA